AAACAAACAAAGUAGCGGUCAUGCAAACGAAUGCUAUGGAGGGAUUUCAAAAAUGAAAUAAGGAAAAAUCACUGUGGAAAAACAAAAAUUUAUUUUAGAAGUAUGGGUGUACAUACACAGAAAAUAUUUAAAAUAAUCCCGAUAUGUUUGCACUGGUUAAAAGUUCAUCGACUGCCUUAUUCAACUGACUAUAAAAUAUCCUUACAUUUGCCUCGAACUGAUUUCCCGCAUAAAGUCAGUGCUCACAAUCGUCGGCACCAUGAUCGUAUGAUCGAAACAAAAGCUGGAUUUGAGACACUAUAUGCUUGGCAAAGAGAGCACGGACCAAAAAAGGAGUUUAUUUUACAUGAUGGUCCACCAUAUGCAAAUGGUGACGUUCAUCUUGGACAUGCAGUUAACAAAAUUUUGAAAGACAUAACCGUCAGAAAUAAGGUAUUGAGUGGUUACAAAGUACAUUUUGUUCCUGGUUGGGAUUGCCAUGGACUUCCUAUUGAAUUGAAAGCAUUAAAAGGGAACCAGAAGUCUGAGACUACUGAGCAUCAACUUGCUAUUCGUAAAAAAGCCUAUGAAUUUUCCCAAAAAGCUAAGAAAAAGCAGUUAAUGUCAUUCUUAGAAUGGGGCAUUUUAGCAGACUGGAAAAACCCAUACAUUACAUGUCACCCAGAUUAUAUUGUGCAGCAAUUAAAAAUGUUUCAAAAUUUUUAUGAUCAAGGGAUAAUUUUUCAAGAUUAUAAGCCUGUGUACUGGUCUCCAUUUAACAGCCCAUCAAUAUAUGUGAAAUUUCUUAUUGGAAAGUGUCCAGAUGCAAUAAAACCAAAAUUAGGGACAGAGAACUUAAAUUUAAUGAUCUGGACAACUACACCAUGGACCUUACCAGCUAAUCAAGCUGUAUGUUAUUCUGCUGAUAAAAAGUACAGCAUUGUUUUUUACAAAGACAGAAAUGAGUUUUAUUUAGUUGCAUCUGACCUCAUUGAAAAUUUAUCUGCCAGCCUAAAAAUGGAUCUGUCAAUUUUACAGACAUUUGAAGGUUCUUUAUUGCAAGACAUUACAUAUUACCAUCCUCUUUGCAAGACCAGAGAAUGUCCAGUAAUUCCUGGAGAUCAUGUUACUAUGAUGAAGGGAACUGGUCUAGUACAUUGUGCUCCCAACCAUGGAUUUGAAGAUUAUACUGCUGUAAAGAAAAUUAAUAUGCCUCUUGAUAUAUGCCUAGUAGAUGAAAAUGGCUGUUUCACCUGUGAUGCUGGUGAAAUUUUAAAAGGAAAGUUUGUCUUAGAAUCAGGAUCUCAAACCAUUAUUGAAUCUUUAAAGCAAGAUAUUAUUCUCAAAGAAGAUUUCACUCACAGUUAUCCAUAUGAUUGGAGGAGUAAAACACCAGUUAUUAUAAGAAGUAGCAAUCAAUGGUUUGUUGAUGUGCAACAAAUUAAAGAGCAAGCCAAGAUAUGUUUAGAAAAAGUUGACAUUUAUCCUCAUCAUUUGAAAGAGAGAUUUUUUAAUCAGUUGGAAUCAUCUCCUCAGUGGUGCAUAUCGAGACAAAGAGCAUGGGGCGUGCCCAUACCAGCAUUUUAUGAUGAGAAAAACGGAACUAUUGUUAAUAGAUCGCUGACUGAAAACCUGUGCAAUCUUAUCAUAAAACAUGGCAUACAUUGUUGGUGGGAACUAGAUAUUGAUCAGCUUCUUCCUAAACAAUUGAAAGAACAGUGUAAUCUUUCAGAAAGUACUUACAAGAAGAGUUCCGAUAUAAUAGACAUCUGGUUUGAUAGUGGCAUCAGCUGGAAAAAUGUUUUACCAGAACCACACAUGUCUGAUAUUUGCAUUGAAGGGAUUGAUCAAAUUAGGGGUUGGUUUAAUUCUUCUCUUUUAACCAGUGUGGCAUUUCAGAGACAACCUCCCUAUAAAAAACUAUUUCUGCAUGGUUUUACUACUGAUGCUGAAGGUCGUAAAAUGUCAAAAUCAGAAGGAAAUGUUAUUAGUCCUUCUGAUAUAUUAUGUGGCUUACAGAAAUAUAAUCUUCCUGCAUUAGGAAUUGAUUCCUUACGUUGGUGGGUGGCUUUUCAUGCGUGUCAAUAUGAAAAUGUUGCUGUGAGACCUUCAAUUUUAGAAGAAUGUUUGCAAAAUAUAAAUAAAAUAAGAAAUACUUUCAAGUUUCUGUUGGGAAACUUAUCAGAAUUUGAUUCUUCAAAAGACCUAAUUGAACCAGAAAAAAUGAGACCUUUGGAUCAAUAUAUGCUACAUCAGUUGGUUAACUUUGAUAAAAGGAUAUCUGAAGAUUAUGAUCAAAUGCAGUUCAAGAAUGUCACAAAAAACAUCCUGAACUUUGUAACAAAUGAUGUUUCAUCAUUUUACUGCCAAUUAACCAAAGACAGAUUGUAUUGUGAUUCUAAAGAAUCAGAGGAACGUUUAUCCUGUCAGACAGUAUUAUACUUCAUUUUGAAUAGCUUAAUUCGAUCCUUAGCUGCAGUAUGUCCUCAUUUAGCAGAAGAAGUAGCCCUUCAUCAUCCAAAUAAAAAUAUUGGUAUGCUAUUAUACUUUUAA